AUGAAGCAGCAACACACGGACGGAGCAGCAGCAGCAAGCACAGAACAAUCAGUUGAAGACUUGAAUAGUGAAAAAUUUGAAACUUUGGUGAAUAAUGAGAAUGGAAAUUUGGUGGAUGAAGAAGGAAAUGGGGAAUUUGGGAGUGCAGAAGCCAAUCAAGAUGAUGAGAUAAAUACGGAAUUUGUGAAAACACUUGCCAAGAAUAAUUUUCCUUUUCGUGGAAGCCAUGAGAAGAUUUAUGAAGAGAGCAAUGGACUUUUUUUAAGCAUAAUUGAAAUGAUUGGCGAUUUUGAUCCAACGAUGGAAGAACACUUGCGACAGAUAGAAAAGGUAUCUUUAGUUGAGUUGUACAACAAUCCUACCACAGAUUCGAUUGCAAAAAGUGAAGCUAAAUCCCUGGUAACUCGUGAACUUGAGACUUUUGAGUUUUUGUUUAGUAUUGUAAUUUGGUACAAUUUGUUGUUUCAUGUGAACUCUAUUAGCAAGCUUCUUCAAAGUGAAGAUAUGGAUAUAGCAGUUGUUGUAAAGCAGCUAGAUGGGCUUGUUAAGUAUGUUGCAAUGUAUAAAGAAGUUGGUUUCAUGGAGGCUAUGGUUGAAACUAAAGAAAUGGCAAGUGAAUUGGGAAUUGAAUCUACAUUUGUUGAAAAGCGCAUCAUUUCUAGAAAGAAACAAUUUGAUGAGGAUGUUAGCGAAGUGGUGACCCAGUCGGCUGAAGAAUCAUUUAGAGUUGGUUACUUCCUUUAUUUUGUAGAUCAAGCCCCGUGUUCACUCAAAAAUAGGUUCAAACAAUUCAAAGUAUAUGAGGCAAACUUCGGUUUUUUGUUUGACUUGAAAAACUGCAGCGAUGAAUCGUUGAAGGCGGGGUGUGUGAACCUUGAAGAAUUUUUAAAACAUGGUGAGAUUUCUGAUAUUGAUGGAAGAGAUUUAUUGAUGGAGCUAAAAGUCUUGAAAGAGAGCUUGCCAAAAGAAGUCAAUAAACCAAUUGAAAUGCUCAAUCAUCUGCAGUUAAUGGCAAAUUGUUUCCUAAAUUCAUGGGUUGCUUAUAGGAUACUUUUGAUGAUUCUGGUUACAGUUGCAUCGGGGAAAGAAGCUUUUUAA